GUUUCUUGUCUGUAUAUAUAUAUAUUUGUCCUUGUCGCGGAGUGUUCCCCUGUCUGUCUGAUCAAAGUAAGAUGCUGUCAUCUAUUGAAUGUGGUUAAAACCGCGAAGAAGUAACAAAAAGGUAUCAGCUUCUAGACAAAGAGCGCAGUAGCCUUAGAAUUUAGUUAACGUUUCAGAUACUCUUCACACGACAAUUCAGCAAGUAUUUAUUGAGCCUGAUCGAGCCUGAUCACAUGCAGUCGGUAACGAAUAUCGUGUGAUAUUGUAAACUGAAAGUGAUACGCUUAACAGCGAGAUGUCAAAGCGCUCAAGGAUAACAGUAUGAAACUACGAGCAAACUUGGAUCGACAGGAAAAUAAUUCAAGAAAGGUCACGAACGUUUUUCUGUGUGAUGAAACUGCGCCGUUAGAACGGAAAUAGAACAGAAAAAAUUCUUUUUUCUGUUUUAUUGCAUUCGUAUUGACGACCAUGUCGAAGUCCGACACACCAAAAUUUGUAACCGCACUGUUUUCCUUCAAAGGAAAGAACAAUGACGAGCUGUGCUUUAAGAAAGGAGAUGUGAUAACAAUAACGCAAAUAGACGAUGAAGGCUGGUGGGAAGGAACAUUGCACGACAAAACGGGGUGGUUUCCAGCUAAUUAUGUCAAAGAAUGCAGAGUUACAGACAAUAGCAUUUCGACUAUGAAAGCAUCUCCUGAGAAAAGUUUACUAGAAUCACCUGCGCAUCAAAAUCGUGAUAUCGUGUUAAAGGAUUUAAUAGAUUCUGAACGAGUAAACGUAGCGGAAUUACAGGGUUUGAUAAAUAAUUUUUUGCAUCCUUUAGAAUCUGCUAACAUAUUAAACAAAGAGGAAUACAAGCAACUUUUGGGUAAUAUACACGAAGUUUUGGAAGUACAUCAGCGAUUGCUGUCAAAUUUGGAAGCAGCUAUAACGCAAGAUCGCGCUUCUAGAGUUGGAAAUCUCUUUCUGACGCUUGCUUCAAAAUUAAAAUCUAUUCAUACAACGUACUGCGGUAAUCAUCCAACAGCUAAUCAAAUUCGUUUUUCUUCUAGAGACGAAUUGAACGAUUUCAUGGAACGUAGCGGGGCAAUAUCGCCGGGUAUAUUAGUGUUAACAACCGGAUUAAGUAAACCUUUUCGAAGGUUGGAUAAAUAUUCUGCUAUGCUUCAAGAAUUGGAAAGAUAUACGGAAAAGAAUCAUCCUGAUAGAGGGGAUACACAACGCAGUAUAGUUGUGUAUAGAGAGAUAGCGGAUCGAUGUGCAUCCAUACGAAAACAACGCGAGUUGGCGCUUCAAAUUUUAAAUAGUGGCAUCAAAGGAUGGGAGGGAGAAGAAUUGAGCUCGCUCGGAGAAAUUCUUUAUGUUGGAUCUGUUACUUUGGCAAGCGGAACCACGGGUCUAGAUCGUCGAGAUAGAUACUUUGUUCUUUUUCCAACGACCCUUUUGGUUCUCAGCGCUAGUCCAAGGAUGAGCUCUUUCGUUUACGAAGUCCAAUGAUUGAAAGAAUACUAGUACUUUGCGCUACUAAAGAAGAUCAACAACGAUGGAUCGAACUUUUAAUACAGGAACAAACGAGUAACAAUCUUGUCAAAUCACCGACAACGUCACGCGUGAGUUAUAAUUUACCUCCAUAUGCUCGUCUUUCAAGAUAUUUUGCAAAAUUGGUCAGGAGAAAAAUUAUACGUCCCGAACUUUUGAAAAAAUUGCUUUAUUUACAAUAUGUUCUACGACCGGACAUGAGUAAUGUGAAAAUGCGAAAGACUAAUGUAACGACAUAUGUCCUUCAUCCGAUGCAAACAACUAGUCAGGAUUCCUGUUCCCACAAUUCAGAAAGCUUCGAGUCGAAUAAGAUCACAACAGGACAAUCUUUCAUUGGUACGACAACGUUGCGCAAAUCUACUCUGACUCUCGAUGUAAGAUAUGUAUUAGCAGACAUAGACCUUAGUACUGUAGGAAUAACAGAGGAUUCAUCUUUAACGGAAUUAGUAUCAACUGAGAGACGAAGUGAAAUUAGCAAAAGCUUGCCACUCGUUAACUUUGGAAGUUCUGUAACUACUGGUUUCAUCAAUAAUAAUAAUAUAAAUAACGUUAGUAUUGCCGAUGAACAAGCUGCUAGUCGAUCACGUUUUAAUAAUCUUGCUCGUUCGUUUCCGAUUGAUUAUAACAUCCAUCAAGACAUUUUUGGCAAUAUGGAGAAACAGAUAAAUGCGACGGUCGCGACGAAGUGUUGGAAGACUAACAAAUUCACUGACGAACAAUUUGCUACCGUAAAUUCUAUACAUCAUCCGUCUGUUCCUGUGUGCAACUCUAAUAUUAUUGAACAUUGCUGCCGAACUGACACACAUCCUCAAGGAUUUGGUUUUCAAACGAAUGUAAUUAGCGUUGGAUCGUCAGAUUCGGGAAUGGCUGAAAGUUAUCGAUUGAAUUCCUCUGAAAUCAAUUCUUCUUGUAAAUCGUGUACUUGCGUCGAUAAUAACAUCAAACGCCCUGUAAGACUCUGUUCUGGCGAAAGUGAGAAUGAUGAGAAUAAUUUUGAAUAUCAAUGUGUUUGUACAUCGCCUUUUGAUUCGAUUCCCAGGGAUAGUGCCCACUUAUCUGAUUUAUCGAAACACAUUGAUAACACUUUGGAUCCUCCAAUCUGCGAAACCUCUAGUACGAUAGUUUACAAUUCUGAUCAUGCUUUUGCUACGAAUAAAAUACAAAAACGAGAAAACGAGCUUUCUCGUAAUGUAAUGCCAAAAAGGUUUACGCAGCCUAUACCGUACACACAUCAAACCAUCGUACGAAAAGUUGGAAGGAAACCGAUUCAACCAAAUCGUCCUGUAAUUGAAAACGAUUAUAACGAAACGAAACAGAUAUAUACGUCGGGACUGUAUGCCCAUUGGUGGUUGAAGAAGUCCAUACCAUUUUCUGGAUGCUCGGACCAAGGCAAGCUUCCAUGGCAUGGCUGUUCUUUUCUUUCUACUUGUUUAGUUAGCAUUUGCAAUCAACAAAGCGGGAAACAGCAGCAGCAAUUACAAGUGCAGCAGCAACAGCAACAGCAACAGCAACCACAACCACAGUCACAACACAGAUCAAUUACGGACCAUUGUGUCUCUCUAGGAAUUAAAACACCUUGGAGUAUUGCUUCAUUACGACCAGCGUCUCCUUUCUAUAGCUUCAAAGUAUUUGAUGAAAGACAAUUUGAAGAGGAUGCAAUCAUAUUGAAGGUAAUCGAAGCGUAUUGCCUUUCUGUUAAUGCUAGAUUCACCGUACAUGCUGGAGAAUCAACUUGACAUUAUCAGAAACAGUUAGAACACUGAAAAAUCAAAUGACAGAUUUACAGUCGCAAAUGUCAUUAUUAACGAAACAGUUGGACGAAGAGAGAAGAUCGAGACUUUCUUUAGCCGCAACAGUGAAACGCAGCAUGGGUGUUGUGGAUGGGUCGGUACCUUAAAUGUUCUUGAUAAAUUCUUGAUUUAUAAUUCAAUGAUUUGCGUUUUGUCAUAUUUGUAUCUUUUAACACGAUUCAAAUUUAAGUUUGACAAUAGGAAUGUUCUUUCUGUAAAAUCUUCACGCAGUGCCAUUGUAAUAAAAACACAGAUAUAUAUAUACAUAUAU